AAGACAUUGCUCAAUGAGUUGGAAGUUGUUGAAGGAAUGAAGCUUGACAGAGGCUAUAUUUCUCCGUAUUUCAUUACAAACCAGAAGAACCAGAAAUGUGAGCUUGAGGAUCCCCUCAUUAUAAUCCAUGAGAAGAAAAUCUCAAGUAUAAAUUCUAUAGUUAAAGUAUUAGAAUUAGCUUUGAAGAAACAAAGACCUUUAUUAAUUGUUGUCGAGGAUGUGGAAAGUGAUGCUCUUGCAACUCUUAUUCUAAAUAAGCUUCGUGCUGGAAUUAAGGUAUGUGCGAUCAAAGCCCCUGGUUUUGGUGAAAACCGGAAAUCUGGUCUCCAGGAUCUCGCAGUUCUUACAGGAGGCCAAUGUCGUCUUAUAAACACAUAG